UCCACUCUAACUUUUUCCUUGUUUGAAUACGAAAUAUAUAUAGGUCACCUAAAGACUCGCGAGCUCUGCAGUGGAUUUUACAAUCUCCCGGAGUCAUAAACUUGAGCUAAUUGGAAUUUUAGCCUAAACGAGUGUGUCUGCCUGGAGUGGAAAGGCUGGGUAGGAGGAAGGCCUUCCCAAGAUGGAAACUUCACCAGGGACCCCUGGAGAGGACAGGGAAAACAAGGGUCAUAGCACCGCACUGGUCCCUCCGAGAGGCAUGGAUUUCAAUUUCAGCACCCUUCUUUCCAAGAUUGGGGAGCAACUGAACAGCGAAGAGCUCGAUGCCCUCAAGUUCCUGAGCCAUGACCACAUCCCACAGCAGAAUCAGGAGCCCAUCUUGAAUGCCCACAUGCUGUUCCAGAGACUCCAGGAAAAGAAGGUACUGGUGGAAGGUGACCUGUCCUUCCUGAAGGAGCUGCUCUUCCAGAUCAACAGGCUGGACCUGCUGGGCACCUACAUGAACACCAGCAAGGAGGAGAUGGAGGCUGAGCUCCGGACCUCUGGCAAGGCCCAGAUCUCGGCCUACAGGGUCAUGCUCCUUCGGCUCGCAGAAGAUAUAAACAAUUACGACUUGAAGUCUUUUAGAUUUCUCCUGUCUACCAACCUUUCCAAGUUUAAGCUGGAUGACAUGAACAUGCUGGAGAUCUUCAUAGAGAUGGAGAAAAAGGCCAUGCUUGGGCAGGACAACUUGGACACUCUCAAAAAGAUCUGUGACCAGGUCAAAAGGAGCCUGUUGAUGAAGAUCAGGGAGUAUGAGGAGCAGCGAGGAGGUGGGAAUGUGGCUGAUCCAUAGAUCACACCAUCUCAGUCAGCUGCCUCUACCUGCUGCUCCUCAGUGUGCUCCUGUUUUCUGGCCAAGCCUUUUGCAGGUAUCUGCAGAUGCUAAGAGCUUUUCAUAAAAGCAUAUCAAAUUGCACCUUCCUGUUUCUCAGAGGUUCUUUUGCUGUUUUUUUUCCAAUGCAUUUCACAAGUGGAAAAUAUUUUCUGUGAACUUUUCUACUUCAGAGACAAAAAGCUGGCCCCCUCUGUUGUGCUUUUUGCAUUUGUUGUGAAAACUCAAAGUGUGAGGAUAGUAGAUUAAAACCAGAAUAUCUCCUCUGAAAAGUUUGCAUGCUUGGCACCAGUGACCCCAUGGAGAAUGGCAAUAGCUGACUAGUCUGGGCAGUGCCUGGUCAGACAGGACCCGGGCCCCUGCUGGUUCUGCAAGCUGUGUGCAUGCCUUCCCAUCCCUGGGGUGUGUGAUGGAUUUUCUUCCCUCUGCAGCACUCAAUGCUGUUGUCUGCUCUAUGGGCGGGGCUUCUGAUGAUGACUUCAGAGCAUAACCAGCAUCGUUGCCCAUAGGUGAGAGAACAGAGGGAGUUGGUGUGGACACAGGUGUGAGAGGAAAAGCUUUGGGAUAAAAAUCAGUACAUUACCUCUCUGAUUAGCUAAAUGUCCCAGGAGCACAGAAAUUACAACUUGAAAUAAGGUGAGCUUUCAGUAGGAAGAAGCUUUCAAAUUACUCUGUCUCUUUCUAGUCAAAUUUGCAAAAGUGGAAGAGAAAAGAGUAGCCAGCCCAGAGGAAGCUUCCAUGCACAGAAUCAUCAGUUCCCAAACAGUCACCAGAAGCUGUGCAAUUGGAGCAGAUCUCAAAACACUGCUAGCCUUUUAGAAGAAAGCCUAUUGUGACAAAAUUCCAGCCACCCAAGAACUCCACUCAUCAUCAGCUCUUCACAAGAAAGCUUUCCAGACCUUCUCUAGGCCCACAGGUCUGCUUUCUCUGCCCACAGCUGUGAAUAACAGGGUUUUGUUUAUGAUUGUCCUCUUUUCUUCCAGCUUUCUCCCAACAUGCCCAAGUCACAUUUAUAAAGAGUGACAGAGGUAGACCUCUUAGGCCACCUUUCAUGGCUAUCUUCAUUCUUGGUGAUUUUCCUCUGCCUGCAAACAGAGCAGAGAUGUAUCACUGUAGAUCCAGGGUAAGGUGGCGAAUGUGGUAACGGGAUAGGAAAGAGUGUGACUUCCUCCCUUCCUGAGGGAGCACCAUGCUCAUUAGUGGCAGUUGUUUCAAAUCUGGUGAGAUGUAGUAGUUGGGUCACUAAAUGCCUAGCAGAGGAAUGUCCUUUUCAGCAACUCAGUGUUUGCAUUAGUGAGUAGUAACUGAGUGCGUCAGGUUUUGGCGCAUGUGGAUGUGCCUGGAGCCUAUUGCGAUCAUCUCCACCCUGUAAGCUCACCUGUGCUCCCCUUUCUCCUUGUUCUCUCCUCCUCUCUCCUGGUCAUCUGUCUGCUUUCCUGAUGUCCUAGAGGCAGAAAGUAGGUAACCGAAAACACUUUCUAGCUCUGUAUGUGCUGGGCUGAUUUUGCUUGACACAAUGAUUCCUAAUGUUUUCAUGUUUUUGCAGAUGACAGAAUUUCACUUUUUUGUGCUUAAUAUGAUGAUUAUUGUUAAUUUUCCUUUUAUUACCAGUGUCUAUUAAUGUUACAAAAUACUGGGUUUCAGUGAGUUUCACCACUACUCUCCUUCACUCGUUUCUGCCCUGCUUUGUCCCUUCCUCAUCUCUCCUUUAUGCUUUCAUGUCACUUUUCUUAGAGUACACAAGUUAGGGGGAGCAUGCAGUAUCUGUCUGAGGAUGGUUUGUUUUGCUCAGCAUGAUAGACUGUGAACCCAUUUAUUUCCUUUAAGAUGUCAAAAUGUCAUUCUUCUUUAUGGCUGGAUAAUACUCCAUCGUGUAUGUACACAUUUUGUUUAUCUGUUCCAGGGCUCCUAGGAAGGUUCUGUCUUGGGCACUUAUUAUAAUUUGUGCUGCAACAAACACAUGGGGUUUCCAGGUUCCCUAUGGUGUGCUGACUUCAGUCUUUCUGGUACAUACCCAGCAGUGAUACAGCUGAAUCCAGUAGGAGCUGUUAUUUAAUUUUUUGAGCAAUGUUCACUCUGAUUUCCAGGGGCAAUAUUCUAGUUCACAUUCGUAUCAGAAUUUGGUGCCUUUUGUUUUCUUAUAGACAGCUGCACUGAUGGUGUUAGGGGCACUCCAAGUAGUUCUGCCUUAGACUUCUUAGUGUCUAAAUAUGUUGCAUAGGUUUUUUCAUAUACUUCUUGGCCAUUUGUACUUCAAUAAGUAUCUGAUCUGCUCGUUGGCCCAUUUUUUGAUUGGGGUAUUUGGUUUAUUGGCAUUAAGCUUGUAAGAUUUUUAAUAUAUUCCAGGUCUAAAUUCAUUGUCAGAAGAGGAGCUAAUGAAGAUUUUCUCCCAUUGUAGAGGCUUCUGCUUCACUCUGUUAGCUGUUUCCCUUGCUGUCAGAAAUUUUGUAAUUCCAUGUGGUUCCAUUUGUUGAUUCUUGGUUUUCCCUGUUGUGUUGUGGUGCUUUCUUUAGAAAGUCUUUGCCUAUGUCUAUGCCCCAAGUGUUUCUCCUAUGUUUUAUUUUAACAGUUUCACAGUUUCAGGUCUUAUGUCUAUGUCUUUGAACAUUCGUAAUUGAUUUUAUACAGUGUGAAAGAUGGACUCAUCAGCAAGAUUUUAAGCAAUUUAAUGAUGCAACUCAAGGACUUUCUUUUUUAAUAAGGUUGGCCAAAUGUUUAUUAAUGUUGUUUAUUCUCUUGAAACACCAGCUCUUUGAUUCGUUAAUUCUUUGUAUUAUUUUUUAGUUUUAGUUGCAUUAUUUUCUGCUCUAAUCUUUACAAAUUUCUCUCUUCUAUGAGCUUUGUGUUUGACUUGUUCUUCCCUUUCUUGGAGCUUGAGAUGUAGCAUUAUUUUAUUUAUUUGCACUCGUUCUGUUUUCUUGAUGUGACUAUUUAUUGCUGUAUAUUUUCCUUUUAGGAAUGCUUUCAUUGUAUCCCACUGGUUACAGUAUGUCAUGUGUACAUUUUCAUUGUAUUGUAGGUAUUAUUUUAUUUCUUCUUUAAUUUCAUCUGUUACCCACUGCUUGUUCAGAAGGUUGUUAUUUAAUUUCCAUGUAUUCGGGUUUUGUAGGGUUUUUUUUUUUUUUUGUCAUGAUCAAGAAAGUAACGUACCAACCCAACGUGGGACACCUACUCUGCCACUCUUUGUGGCAGGUACAAGGGUGUCUACCUUCUGAUCAGACAAACAGAUGGGAACAGGGCUGCAGGUUCCUUGAAGACUUGGGCCCAGGACAGCCUGCCUAUCUGUAUGUGGGUACAGUUCUUCUUUCUGCACUUGCCACAGGUGAAGGCAUCCAUCCAUCUGUGUACCACCUGUGCGGGCCAUCUGGUGCUCCCCGCUGGCCUAUUUCUUUGAUCAUGGUCUUACAGAUCUCCUUGAGCUUAUCACUUCCCAUGUCCUGGGGUGAGGGGCCAUGUACUUACUUAGCCUGCAGCUCCACAGAAGCAGUGGCCAGUGCCUCCUGUGGGGCUCACCUCCAAUGUGAUGUCAUCACCCACCAUGAUCUGAUCUGAUCUGCUGGGGAGUUAUGGAGCCACAUAUGCAGUACAUUUCUCUGAAGCUGUGGGUUCUUGGCAAUCUUCAGGUUGAAGAUACAGCUUUUUCCUUACUCACAUAGUUCUUGUUCUUCAUGGCUAUGUUUCCCACAUCCUGGAAGAUGUGUGCAGCUGUUUAAGGACCCAUCUAAGGCCAGGCAGGGAGCUGCACCCACCCAAUCCUCACCCUGCAGGGGACACUCAUGUGGUGAAUACUGCCUGGCCAUACAUGGGUGGGCCCCUCACCAAUUCCUGGUUGAGGGAAGUCCAGGCCUCCCCUACUAGCAGGCAAAAAUGAUCCCUUGGCCUAUCCAGGGAGGAGGGUCCCGCUGGGACAAGACAUCUCAUUCACACACACAUGCACACCCUAGGAACAGGCAGGAUAUGUAUAGCCAAGAGAAGGUACUGGUACCUCAGAGUGGUGUCCAGCAGCAGCCAGCAGAGGGAACCAAGCCUAGUGGUCUCCAGACUCCAUCUGAAGCCUCGGGCCCACCCAGGAAGCCCUGUACAAAGGAUAUACUCCUCAAUCUGAGCCAACAGUCUGAUGCUCACAGUCCACACCAAACAACUGCCACGCCAUGUGGUCAUGUGCAAAACAGAGAGAGCCCUCACUACCAUGCCAUUGGCUUCCCUGCUAGCCACUCUUCUGCCUGGACAAGACAGCACCCCCUGGUGGGUAACAGGCAUACACACAUCCUCAAAGGCACUGGCAGGAUCCAGGUGCUCUGACAACGCCAAGGAGCCUCUUCCUCCCUGCCUGCCAUCUCCCAAAAGCAGGACAGUAGCUAGGGAAGGCUGUCUCUGCAGUGGAGGGAGGGCUGUGCUGUGCUGUGCUGUACUGUAUGAUACAGAAGGGCAGGUCAGGCCAGGGUGCCGGGUACUCACAGCUCCGGUUUGCAGGGCAGUGGUUAGCAUCUCACUGCACUAAAGUUGUUGCAUACAGCAUCACAAGUAAUAUACACCAGAGGAAACAUGGUGUGAUCCUUGGGGUAGAUGGCAUUCUGGGCAGCUAGCUCCAGUCUCUUACAUCUGAAAAGAGACAGGGAACAGAACUAUGGGAGUAAUAAAACUCAAAAUGUAUCAAGUUUGUUGUAAAAAAAAAGGGGAAAAAAGUGCUUUAAAGGAUACAACUGCAAGUGUGGAUAGAUGAUCAUAUUACGGAGUUUUUGUUGGAUCACUGAACACAACUGUUUGCAGUCUCACUGUUUGAAUGUCGACUUUGUAUGCUUUGAUCCUGUGACUUGAGCAACUAUUUCUAAGAUGACAAUGCAUAAUCUAUUAACUGGUGAUUUCUUACUGGUUUUUUUUUUUUUUGUAGUCCUGUAUUACUUGUAUGCUUACACUGUUUUGUCUUUUUCUUUUUUUUCCUUUAAAAUAAAAUAAAAUAAAGAGAAAAGGAACAAAUACUGGGCUCAGACGCAAGGCCACAGACAAUCCCAGGAAGAGGCCAGUCCCCACAAAA